AUGUGGAAAAUAACUGAACAUUUGUAUUUGGCCCAACUUCCCAUGAUUAUCGGCCCCACUAAUAAGCAAGAAUUUGUUAAAAAUGAGAUCAAACGAGUACUCACUUUGGAAACUGAACCAAUCCCAGAGAAAAAACAUAUAGAAAAUGUAGAUUACAAGUUUUUGUACCUCCUAGAUAUGCCGAAUGAACCAAUUCUUUCUAAUGGGUUACUGGAAGAAGCUGUAUCAUAUAUCGAAGAAGGAGUAGAAAAAGGAGAAAACGUAGUAGUCCACUGCAUCGCUGCCGUUUCCCGGAGUGUUUCUGUUUGUGCUGCUUUUCUGAUGUACAAGAAUAAGUGGUCAAUGGAAAAAGCUUUGAAAAUGGUUGCAAGUGUAAGAAAGACUAUUGGACCGAACCCAGGAUUCCUGGCACAGUUAAAAAUUUGGGAACGAUGCGAAAUGGAUUUUAUUGUGGAAAAAUACAAAAAUCUGAGUCUUGAUAUCCCUGGUGUUUUGGAUGCAGAUUCAAAAACUCUUUGGAGACAACCCGUGAUCGAUGAUCGGACGAAGACACGUUUCAAAUGCCGGCAGUGCCGUAAGGUAAUCUUCAACAGUGACAAUUUGGUUCAUCCCCAGUUGACCGAAUCCUGCCAGAAGUAUCUUAUUGAACCAAUGGAAUGGCUCAAUAUCACCGCAAGUACCUGCUCAGCCAGCCAUUCUUGUGGUGCUAAGCUCGGAAAUUUCAUUGCGACGGGCUCGAAGUGUGGAUGCAAUAAAUUUGUCAUUUCAUAUCUGUGUGAAUACUCUAUUGCUGCCAAACAAUCAUGGGAAAUUAAUCAAGAACUUGUCUCAAAUGAGAAUAAAGAGCAUACGGUAUUUGGUGAUAUGCUCCUAACUCCUGCUCAAUUGCUUCGAUACGAAAACUCAAAAGAUUCGGAUCUAACAAUUCGUGGAGUUUCAAUCAAAGGAAAUUCGAUGAAUCGAUGGGAAAAGAAUACAGUACCCUUUGUAAUAUCUCCUCAAUAUUCAGCUAAUCAAAAGAAAAUACUCAUAUCAUCCCUCCGUUAUUUUGAAAAGAUGUCCUGCUUUAAAUUUGUUGAUCGUACAACUCAAAACGACUAUCUUUUCAUUGUUCCACUCGAUGGAUGUUAUUCUUAUGUUGGUAAAAUUGGUGGACGACAAACACUUUCAUUGGCUGCUGACUGUAUUGCUGAUUAUAUCAUCUGGCACGAAAUGAUGCAUGCAAUUGGAUUCGAGCAUGAACAUCAGAGACCUGAUAGGGAUUCAUUCAUUCGAGUGGAUUACUCAAAUGUUAUUCCAGGACAAAUGAUAAACUUUGAUAAACUCCAACAAAAUCAAGUUGAAUUCCCUGAUUCGUAUGAUUACAAAUCAAUAAUGCAUUAUGAUGGAUAUGCAUUUGGACGAGUUGAUACCUCUCGCCAAGUUCGUUUAGCAACUAUGAUUCCACUGAAACCGGGAGUCCGAUUGGAAGAUAAUAUGAAAUUCACUGCAACUGACAUUGAGAAAUUGAAUAGAUUAGGUCAAUGUGGUACACGUGGAGGACAGUACAGUAACCAAGGAGUUGCUGCAACAACGUGUAAAGAUGUAGCAACAGUUACUAGCUGUGAAGGAAAUAGAAGACGUGGAAUGUGUAAGAACCCAUUUUACAAACAAAUGAUGAUAAAAUCGUGUCAGAAGACGUGCAGACUUUGUUCAUACACGAGGAUGAUUGAUGAAGACGAUGAGCUGAUCCCAAAUACAACAUUGAAGCCGUUAAAGUGCGAGGACAAACACCCACGUUGUGAUAUUUACUCUCAAAAUGGUUUCUGCACUCUUCCAUUUUACGACGAUGUUCGAUACCAAUUGUGCGCCAAAACGUGUAAUUUAUGCUAG